AUGGCGGCGCCUGUAAGAUGGAGUCUUCUGCGCUUCUUUCGGUCAUAUUCAAAUUCGCAGCAAUUUAGGUUUCCCAUCAGGAACACAAAUCAUUGCCACUCUUUAUGGGUUUCCCAAAAUAUCAAACCAUUGCAGAUUGUACCACAGUCAACAUCCAAACCUUCAGUGAGAUGGCAGUCCAUUUUAACACAAGAUACACCAAAUCCCAGGAGUUUAAAGUUUCUCCCAGGGAAGCCUGUUUUGGGCACAGGGACAGUAGAGUUCCCCACUGCCAGCUCGGCGGAGUGCUCCUCUUUAGCCAGGGAGCUUUUUCAGAUCGAGGGAGUGAAGAGUGUGUUUUUUGGUCCUGAUUUCAUCACAGUCACGAAGACAGAUGAUGAUGUUGAGUGGACAGACAUUAAGCGGCAUGCAGUGGAAGCCAUCUCGAAAUUCUUUGAGAGUGGAGAACCCAUUACAACUGGAGCCACACAUGCUGAGAGCAGUAUUACUGAGGAGGAUGAUGACAUUGUUUCAAUGAUUAAAGAGCUUUUGGACACCAGGAUCAGGCCCACGGUACAGGAGGAUGGGGGUGAUGUCAUCUUUAAGGGGUUUGAGGGUGGAACGGUGAAGUUAAAGCUGAUAGGCUCUUGUACAGGUUGCCCAAGCUCCACUGUCACGCUGAGGAAUGGCAUUCAGAACAUGCUGCAGUUCUACAUCCCUGAGGUGGACGAAGUAGAACAGGUGCAAGAUGACGUCGACGAGGUCAAUAUGAAAGUGUUCACUGAACUGGAACAGAAGCUUCAGGAUUCUUAAGAAACUUAUUGCGUGACUCUGCACUUUACUAGCUAGACAUCUGUGUGUACAUUACACACUCAUGUGUGUACAUUAGAUGCAGUUCAGAUAUGUCCUGAUGUGUGAUGACAGAAGACUUUGAGCAUGCAAACAAUAUAACAGGAUCACUCUUUCACAGACAGACAGACAGACACACACACACACACACAAGCUGAAAAUGUACACUCUGUGUGAAAAUGUAUUGCCUCCCAAGGUGAAAUUUACCCUUCAAUUUUUGACAUCACAAAAUCACAAACUUGUUCCUGCAUUUCAAGUCAACUAAUCAGUAUUCCAUUGGCUGAAAAUCUAAGGAUGUUCUCCUGUGAUGUCACACAGAUUCUAGAACACCCAGUAAAGUUAUUAGUCUCUCUUGUUUAAAACAAGCUUUGCUGUGCUUUAUGCCAAUUCUAGAAUUCAAGGGCAAUAUAUUUAUUGUGGAUCAAUCAUUGCACCUUUGCACUUUCCAAAUAUCAUGCUCAAAGUGUCUAGUUGUAUGCUGCUUCUUUCCCCACCCCCGGGAUUUAUCGACCUAUUACAGAGGCAGAUUUCUCACACGACUGUGAGACAUGUUUGUUCAUGUGUCUUUAGUGCUGCGGUUGUCAAGGAUGGUUAUUAUUUAAAUAUGAAAUAUUUUUGCACUUUGUAAAUUGAUAUGCAGAUUUUUUGAAAAGUGUUUUUUUGUUUGUUUGUUUUUUACAGACGAGGAGUUUGGUAGUAGUGUAAGAAUGAAAUGAGGUCUCUGAAAUAUUGAACAAUUCAUGUGACUCUUUUCACGGUUCCUGGAAAAAAGAUGGAAAUACUCCAUGGUUUUACGGUUUCCCUCACUUGCAGAAUGGUUUAAGCUUAAGUCUGGCGAUUUCGUGAUCACGACUCUUUUGUAGUAUACAGCAGCUAGAAAUGUCUCUGUAAGCAGUUUAGAUUGUUCAUAUAUGGUACACCGUAGUUCUGUACAAACGUUUCCAAUCCUUUUAUGUUUAACAAUAAAGCGAUGUUGACAU